AUGACUCAAUCAACAUCAUUUCAUCUUAACAGCUACCUGUCUGCUGGCCCAGAUCCGCUCCGCAAACCGGCUCCCAACGCCCCGCACAUCCUCGUCAUCGGUGCCGGAGUCACUGGUCUAACGAAUGCCUGGCAUCUUCUCGACGCUGGCUAUCAAGUAACCAUUAUAUCGAAGGAAUGGGCUAGCUAUGGACGCACCCAGCGUCUCACUUCCCAGGUUGCUGGCGCAUUAUGGGAGCUUCCACCCACGCAAUGCGGCGGAGUAAGACUUACCGACCAAGAGCUUAGCGAAGCGGAUCUGAAGACGGCGCAGCGAUGGGCACUGGAGAGCUAUGCCAUCUACGAGAAGCUGGCGGCGAAUGCGGAGCUCGCGAGAGCGUUUGGGGUGCGGAUGCCAUUGUGUGCUUCGUUCCACACGUAUCACGUCGAGGAUGAUGAGCCCACGCAUGCCAAGAUGGAGGUUGCACGAAAGCUGGCCCCAGGACAGUUUCAUUGGGGGAUGGAGCUGGCGGGUAAGUACGGAGUUGAUGUUAGUUCGAAUGGGGGAAUGAAGGAUGCGUAUGAGCAUCCUGCACCGGUGAUCGAUACAGAUGUCGCGAUGGCUUUCUUGAUGCGGCUGGUUAGGAGUAAAGGGGCGAGGAUGCAGACUGAUAGCAUCGUGGGGGAUCUUCGUGGCCAAGAAUCGCACCUGUUGAGAAUGUAUCGUGCCGAUGCGAUUGUGAAUGCGAGUGGACUUGGAGCUCAAGAGAUUGCCUCGGACCCAGGGGCCCAUUCAUUACGAGGAGGCAUCUUGCGAGUCAUCAACGAUGGAUCGGACUUUCCGAAGAUUGAGAGCUCCAUUAUCGUUGCGGCGGAUGAGGACGCGGAUGGAAAAUAUAUAGACAUUGCAUUCAUCGUGCCACGAAGUGAUAAUAUAUUGGUGCUUGGUUCGAUCGAGCAAGCCCAUGAGAUGAAUCUCGAUCUCACGCCCGACUCGCCUGUGAUCAAGGCGAUGCGCAGGCGAUGCGAAGACCUGGUGCCUGUUCUGAAGAAUGCGCGACUGGACCCUCAAUAUCCAUUCGCACAGGGACUGCGGCCUUAUCGAAACUCAAAGAUUCAGGUCGAACGCGAAGGAAGAAAGACUCUGGGUGGACAGGACAGUCGGAUCAUUCAUUGCUAUGGACACGGUGGAGCAGGAUGGUCGCUCGCAUUUGGGACCAGCAAGGCGUGUAUGGAGGUGGUCGAGGGUGUAGUGAGGAAGUAUUCUUCUCGUCUUUAG